AUGUUUGGAAACUUUGAAAUAAGUAAUUUUUGUUAUUCGACAGCUUGGCGCCAGCUGCGUCGUCGUCUAUUUCUCAUCGAAAAACUCAGAGACGCCAGAACGGUAGGAAUCGUGGUGGGGACAACCGGAGUGAAAGGACAUCGAGAAGCCGUCACGCGACUACGACAGUUAUGCAGACAACAGAGAAAGACACCAUAUGUCAUCUCCGUUGGAAAGAUAAACGUGGCGAAACUGUCGAACUUCUCGGACAUUGACGUGUUCAUCGUGAUCUCGUGUCCAUUCGGUGUAUUGAUCGACACUUCCGACUAUUUCCGCCCUGUCCUGUCCGUUUUUGAGGCGGAAAUGGCGCUCAACCCCGACCGAUCAUGGGCCGCCGACUCUGGGUGGAGCGCCGAAUUUUGCGAUUUCUUGGGAGAAUCGAUCGGCCAGAAUAAGACGGGAGAAGAUGAUGGGGUUGACGUGAGUCUGGUGACGGGCCGAGUACGCAUUAAUGGAAGGAGGGAAGAAGAAGGAAAGGACGCACAACAACAGAUUACACUCUAUACCGCUGGCGACUAUUUCAAGGAGCGAACGUGGCACGGGCUGGAUAAUAGCGUUCGAUUGGAGGAGCAGGGAGAGACAUCAAUCAGCGAGGGCAGAUCCGGGAUCGCUGCCGCCUAUGCCAACGAACAAAACCCG